UUGCAGUUAUAGUUAUCCAGAUUUGUGAAAAACAUUGAAAAAAAAAAUCGUGAUAUGGUUCUUUCUAACUCAAUGAAAAGCAGCCAAGCUGCCUUCUCAGAAGGCACGCUAGAGUUGGAAUCCGGUUUGAAGAUCAAUUACGUGGCACCAGCAUAUGCAGCUCCGUUAAAGGAAAGUUCAUCGACUGAGAAUAGUACUGGCUCAGUUCCACGUAAAAGAAGCUUUAUAAAAGGAAAUGAUCCACGGGAGGAGUGGGAAGGCGUUUUUGCGAUGUGUUACGCACUGGAUCAUGCUGUACGAUUUGAAACGGAUGAUUUAGUGAAGGGAUGUAAAGUUCUGGAGAUUGGUUUUUGUACUGCUCUUCCAUCAGUUUUUGCUAUAAAAAACGGAGCAAAACAUAUCACUUUGCAUAGUAGUAACAAUGAAAUGGUGGAAUCUUGCGUGAAGUUGACACUGUCUCGGAACAAAAUCAAAAAUAUGCAACACAGAAUCCUUCGCAACUCUUUGGAAGACCUUCGAAAAUUGGUGGAACGAAAUGAGUUUGAGGUUAUCUUUGCUGUGGAAUUUUUUAACAGCGAGAAAAAGCGGUUCGAAGAAAUUCAUGAUUUCAUCGACUAUGCAUUAGCCAAUAAUGGCGUUUGCUUUCUGGAAUCUCGAAUGUUCUACAUCAACUACGAAAGCAGUUUGCAUGAAUUUUUGGAUCUAGUUAAAACGAAGGGGAAAUUCGAUGUUUAUACCCGUUGGUCGACACCAAAAUCAGAAAUUAUUCAACGAAGAGUAAUCCAGCUGACUCGAGCUAUAAGAUGAGUUUCUCCACUAUACUGUCGAUACUAUUCCUUUUCUUUGUACCAAACUUAUGCAUAUUUUAGGUUGUAAUGUUUCGGUUUCGUUAUUUUUGUGUGUAUUUAUGUUUCGGAUUUCGAGAUAACUACUCUCUGAAAUGUUUUAUAUUUCAAGUGACAUUUUUGCCCAACCCGAAAACUGACAGAUCUUUUCAUAGUUUUUCCAAACUCUUCAUGAAUAGGAUAUUCUGACUUCCCAAAAAUUUCUUCGAAUUUCCUAAGUUUCGGCAGUUGGACACCCCGAAUAAAUCUCAC